GUGCAAAUUGUAAGAAAUUGUAGCUUUUUUACCCCAAACAUAAUGUGGGACAAACAUGUCGUGUAACUCUGACUUUACAUGAAGUGCUUAACAUGCCCGCGAUACUUGUUGCCAUUUCCCCAUCUUGCCGACGGCCUUGACAACGAAGACGCAGCCAUUUUAUCACAUCACAGACGAUAUGGCAAGUAUUACUGCCAAGAAAAACCAAGCAAAAUUAGCAGAAGGCAUUUACAAACAAACAAAUUGUAAGUAUAUAAUAAACUAUACGAUUUAGGCAAAUAAUUAGAACUCUUCGGACUCUAAUGUAAAUUUGUAAGAUGAUCAGCUGGUGAGCUGGACACUCAGCUGAGUAUCAAAUUCCAUUCACAAAUUUAUUUGUGACUGAUUUCCUUUUUUUAACGCAGUUACUAAGACCGAGGUAGAAAAUUUGUUGACCAUAUUUCGUCAAAGAGCAAACCAAAAAGAGAAACUGGAUAGAACAAAGUUUCGUGAUAUACUUCAUAAUACUUUUGGCAUGACAGAUGACUUUCUUAUGGAUGGAGGUAUGAAGUAUGGUUGAUUUGUUGUUCAUGAAGUAGCUCUUCAUGUAGUAUAUUGUAGAUGUAUUGUCCUUCUUAGGGUUCAUUCAUCUUAAAGCCUAUCUAGAUGGUACAAUUAGUUGUAUACAGUCACAGAGUAGAUAAGACAUACAGAGACGUAACUGACCGUUGUAAACACUGCGGAAGAUUACGUUUUCAUGUACAUGUACCCACUUUUUUUCAGGCGACCAGGCGAAAAAUGAUCAACUGCGCAUGGCUAGCAAGUUUAAAGUGAGUCGUCAUCAGGUCGUUAUCCAAUCAGAUGCAUGCAUCUAGUAACUUGCCGAGCAUGCGCACAAAAAAGUGGGUACACUAGUUACGUCUCUGUAUGUCUCUACUCUGUGAUACAGUUCUCAUUCUGGCAUGACGUGAAAAUUACUGCUGACGUUUAACAAAUAUAAAACAUUUUCCGUGUUGAUAUACAGUUAUAUCAACACGAGUGGAAAUUGGGAAAACGAGAAAUUGUAUGGAAACACGACGCCCGAAGGGCGGAGUGUUUUCAUACAAUUUCGAGUUCAGAAUUUACAAAUGCUAUAUUAUAAAACUUAUUCGUAGACGUCAGAGCAAGCAUCUCUCAACUCUGAGAUUGUGGGUUAGAUCCUCACUACAGACUAAUCACACAUAUGUGAAAAGAAUUAGUCAACGCUCUACCAAAAGUUGUUGGUUUUCUCCGGGUACUCCAGUUUCCUCUCACAGGGAAUGUUGACAGGGUGGGUUGGGAUUAGCCCCCUAACUAACUCUUCCACCGUAGCUGUGCUCCGUGACCAGACAUUAGUGAGCCUUUGACUGGAUCAUGUUGAGCUGCAUCCUUCGCAUUUCAGCUUGGCUCUCAGCUGCAAGUAAGGAUGAUUAGCACACUCCACUUACUUACCCCACUUACUUACUAUAGGCCUUCAGUGUGAAAAUCAAACAAACUAUCCAGAUGACCAAACAAGAAUUGGGUGAUCUGCACCCAGACUGUAAACUUUGUUACGUGUGCAAAGAAGAAUUUUACUUUGUAAAAUUAUGUGCACCCAACACUUGUUUUUGUGCAUGUAAAGCUUAGUCAAUACCUUCAUCUUUCACAGGCUAAUUAAGUGCACACUUGGUACUCGUGAAGAUAGAAUUUUGCACACAUGAUUGUUUGCAUACGCAUAGAAGAUCUCCAUGCGCACUGCAAAAUUUCCAGUCUGGAUCUGCACUCACAUGCAGUGAUACUGGGAAAAAAGUAUGCCCAAUGGUGGAUUACCAAUUAGGGGCCUGUAGCCUAAGUAAAAUUUGCAGGCCUUGAGGAUGAUAUUCCCACACAAGUUCAUCUUAUUUACACAAUGAUAACAAAUGUGUACAUGCAACAGGGCUCAUAAAUGUUGGGAUCUUUGGAAUUUACUUAAGUUCAGCCUUGUUAUUUUUACCUUCAAUUGGCUUUCUUUUUGUACAUUCUUUAUAUUACCAUUAUUUUGUAGUCAACCCACGCUUGAUCAAUUUGUAGCCUUCCUACAUCCCUGAAUAAGAAUAAACUUUGAACAAUGUUUUGGAGCAAAGGCUCAUCUACUUUAUCUACAAACUUUCUUAGUUUCUUCAUCCACUAACUUCCAGACAUUUAAUGUACAGUCCAAUCUGCGCAUGUGCACAAAGGAGCCCUCUUUUUAUUAUACAAGCAGUUUAUUUAGGUUUUUAUUUCAUUUUAUGUUCUUGCAAAGCUUGAUUGUUGUGUCUUGAUAAUGGACCAUUUGCAUUAUCGACUAAAUUUUGAUCUAAACAAGUCUAGACAAAAAUUUCAUCACAGCUUGAAAGAGCAUCACAAAAUUAGUAAUAUUCCAAAGUUUCGUUACGAAAUGUUGUAAAAUGCAGAUAAUAUAGCCUUGCAAAAUGUGCAAUUUUCAGUCAUUUUGUAUUACAAAUCAUGGGAAAUUGAUGCCCCAACACCCGUUUGGGCUGUCAAUUUCCUGUGCGUAAUACAAAAUGACGAAUAAAAUUCUAUAUUUUGGAUACCGAAAUGUAAACAAAGCCUUUGUUUACCGCAUAUUUAAGGGCCUUUGCUUGAAAAUUUGAAGUUUGUUCUUAUUUUUCAGGUAGCUGCAUGAUCAUACUGUACACACAAGCCUGCAAAUUACCCUAACAUUCUAAUAUUAAUUCCACCAAGUGAAGUGCAAGAAUCCAAAUCAUUCAGGCCUUAAAAUAUCUUUUCCAGGCCCGUCUGACAAAAUGUCCGGUGACGUUGAGUUUGGGUCGGACAUAUGUCCGAUGACCUUCAGUUCAGUUUUGACUCGGAAAUAAGUCUGAAUGACACAAAUGAAUAAACGGUAAAUGUUGUAAAAAUAUUAAAUAAUUUGUUUCUUUCAUACUUAUUUCCAAGCCAAAAUUAACUUGCUUUCCAGAACAGCAGUAUCAAAAAGGCUUCGACAACUUAAGCCCGUUUUUCACUUCACCAUUUCGCUCGCCGCCCCGUGCUCGACUACGUUAAAACAACAUUUCCAGUUGACCUUUUAUACAAUAGUACUCUGAUUUUCCAUUUAACACACAAGUUUCUUGUCCAGAGUGGGCUAGGGUACAUUUUAAUUUACGUUGGACAAAGCUACAGUUCGGUCGGACACCAAUACACUCGGGUGAGUCGGGUCGGACAAACAAUAAACCUCAGUUUCACUUAGGUCGGACAGAAUGUCCGGUGGUUACCUUUCUACGUCGGACAAUUUCACAAAUGGGUCGGACAAUGUCCGUGACCGACUGAUAUUUUAAGGCCUGAAAUAAUUGAAGUCCACCUUAUCACAACCCACACACCCGAUUACCUAAUAUAUAUAUAUAUACAUGAACUUACGGUUACAGCUCAACAGCUGGCCUCUGUAGCUCAGUUGGUUAGAGCGCUGCACCGGAAUCACAGGGCCAUAUAUAGGUUCAAUUCCUACCAGAGGACCUUGUGCUGCAUUUUUCGCAGUCGUUCCUGGUUAGGUCUCAACAUGUAUAUAUUGAUUUAUUUAUUUCUCACUUGGAUUACAAACCCUAACAUUCUAAUAUUAAUUCCACCAAGUGAAGUGCAAGAAUCCAAAUCAUUAAUUGAAGUAUUCCUCAUUACCCAUGCUGGAACCCAACAUGCAGGAUUUUAUUGAUCUACCCCAUUCAUUGUUAUUAAACCUUAAUGAGAUUUUUGUAGUUUUUAAUAUUUGGAAUAUUUUUUACUUGUUCAGUGUUUAGAGCGUUUGAUAAAGACAAUGACAGCAGUAUCAACAUGGAAGAAUGGAUCUUGGGGCUAUCAGUUUUUUUAAGAGGAACAAUGGAAGAAAAAAUGCAUUGUAAUUAUAAAUUAGUUUACAAUUAGAAUUCACUGCAGGUUAAUAACGAUUGCAAUUUCAAGGUUGCAAGCAAGUCUUUUAUUUGGCCUGUUCAUAUGUCAAGCAGAUAUGGAAUUGAAUCAAUUAAUGUUCACUGACGACUUCAAGAAUGAAUAUUGAUGAGGACACAACCAUCAUUUAACGUUUGAACCACUGGAUUUAAUUUUUGGUGAACUGCGCCCCAAUUUGAUAAUUACAGUUUAGAUACUGGCAGCCCUCUAUGUAACUCUUUACACACAGCUUGCAUGGGUAUCACUGUAAGCGGUCACAUAUUUCACCUGCCUUCACAGACCUCGACCUAUACAAAGCUCAUUCCCAUAACUUUAUCCGAUGUUGAACUCCCUUAUUUCCUGGAAAGUCUUUGUGGGAUGGUCUUCGGAGUUCCAGCCAGUGCUUGAUACGGAGCCUCGCGUAACAGCUUGCCAAGAAUUGGUCUCGUAGCCAGUAGUUUGUAUUCCCUCAUGGCUGAGAGCCGGAUCAACAACGUGUGAUGUAUUAAAUAACUCGAUUCUUCUCCCUCCUGCCGAAAAACUUACGCAUAUUAUGUAGCUUGACGUACAAUCAUCAAUUGGUUAGUUUCUCUCUCUCCCUCUCUGCGUCUUCAGAGUCUCUGGUACAGUAUAUGAAUUGUAUACCUGUAUGUCCAAGCUUUAUUUUGUCAUUUAGUUCUAUAAAUCUUCCAAUCCAGAGCUUCAGCCUCGGAUUGCUCAGCGACAGCACAUUGAGCCUCUAAUCAAUGGACCGUUUGCAUUAUAGACUAAAUUUUGGUCUAGACAAAAAUUUCAUCACAGCUUGAAAGAGCAUCACAAAAUUAGUAGUACUCCAAAGUUUCGUUGGAAAUGUUGUAAAAUGCGGAUAAUAUAGCCUUGCCAAAUAUGCAAUUUUCAGUCAUUUUGUAUUACAAACGGGAAAUUGAUGCCCCAACACCCGAUUGGGCUGUCAAUUUCCCGUGCGUAAUACAAAAUGACUGAAAAACGGCAAACUUUGCAAGGCUAUAUUAUCCGCAUUUUACAACAUUUCGCAACGAAACUUUGGAAUAUUACUAAUUUUGUGAUGUUCUUUCAAGCUGUGAUGAAAUCUUUGUCUAGACUUGUCUAGAUCAAAAUUUAGUCUAUAAUGCAAAUGGUCCAUUCUCCGUCGUCACGGGCCGGUCUGAACAAGAUUUUUCAGUUUUAUAUCGCUUGCGACCUUUACCGCUAUUUGGGCAAGUCGUGUCUCAGUCAGUUUUCAGAUACUGCUUUGUGGGAAAAAAAGAUCUGUUGUUGCACGCAAGUAAAACAUCCAGCAUGCGCUGUCAAUUGAGUUAAUAAAGGGGGACGAUUUUGGGAAGUAUUCAUUGAAGGGGGUUGUUUGUUCGAUUCAUAGACUGGCUCUAGACUAUAGACUGGCGUGAGAUACUGAAAAAUACACAGUGAGAUAUUUUCCAUAUCUUCACUAGUGAAGAUAUCGAUCACGUGACAAUUUGCUUUUCAGCGUGAAAUUUCACAAAUUUUUGCUUGGGACUAUAUAAUAAACAGAACAUUACACGGUGGCUUGAAGAUAUGACUUUUAUCUUCUCGUGUUAAAAACAAUAUUUUAAUCACUCACUGCGCUCGUUCGUAAAAUAUUGUUUUCACCACUCGAAGGACGAAGAUAAAAGAUCUUCGCGCCGCCGUGUAAUAUCCUCUAUAUAUAUGUACGGUCUGAAUUAACACCACUUAAAUUUACAUAAUUUAAUCUUCAACUACAGUACUCGUGGAUAGCCCACAAUCCAUGAAUUGUGAGCAUUGCAUGUGUAUGCAUUAUAUAACUUACAUACAGUAUUAAUCUAUUAAUCGUUGUUGUGAUCAAUUGAAAUAAGAAUUUGAAAUUCAAUUGCAGAUUGUUUUGAAGUGUACGACUUGAACAGCGAUGGUUACAUAUCACGGGAAGAAAUAUUUCAAAUGCUUAAAUCAAGUCUAAUUAAG